AUGGAAUUGGAUGAAAACAGCAUAACAAAUAAUGUGCUUCCUGUACAAACUAAAUACUUGGACUCUCGACGGAUUCAAAUACAAAUGAAUACAGAACAAGAGAGCUUUGAUACAGUUGCGUAUAUCUUCGAAUAUUCUACAGUUAGUACUGCACCAGAUGAUUGGAUAUUUGCUGGCACGAAUACGACAUCAGAAGUAAUAUUUACAAUACCAGACCCAUGUCGAGAUUAUCAAUUUCGAGUGAUUGCAAUUUUGAAAAGUAAUGAAAUAAAUAAUCCUUGGCUGAUUGUUUACCGACCGCGGGCUAUACCUGUAAAUUUACCGGUAUUUGCCAUAGCACCUAGCAAAAUUCAAACAUCACUACCAUUUUAUGAUUCUGAAUACGGAACAAUAAUAGUAUAUGUAUCAUGGGAAAAUCCAACAGGAUAUACGAAUGCAGAUAUUUACGGAUAUGAAAGUCCGGCAAUUUAUCCUCUUCAAUGUAAUUCACCUGAAGAAGAAUUACCAUUGCCAUCUGUGGAAUUAAAUGAAAAUGGCGGUCGAUUACGAAUUUCAUUGCCAUCCGAUGUGUUAGAUAGUAAGUGCCGAGUAUGGGCUGAGGUACAAAUGCUACCGCGGUGCAUUCGAUUGGAACCUUUUAGUAUUCAACAAUCUAUUGAACUUGACUGUGCAAAACUACCCACUCUUCACGUUUGUAGACAAGAAAUAGCACCACAGUGUACUGAUAUUGUUGACAUUUGGGGUCAUGGCGAUAAUGCAACAAUAAUGUGGUCAGCAGAUGGCAAUUUUGGUUCACCACUUUAUUAUCAUAUUCGUUAUGGUCAAGCAGAAAUGCGGGGAGUUCCACCGUUUGCUACGUGGAAAAUUGCUUUAGCCCGUGAUAUGAAAAUACCAGGCAAUAAAACCAAAUUAGAACUUCACGUGGAACCAGACGUUGAUUACGGAAUACAGAUUUGUGGCAUUUACAGUGAACAUAAAAUGAAACCAAAAUUUGGACUUAUACGUGUAACACCUUUUGUUUGUACGUCUUGCAAAACUUUGCCAGUUGAAUCAUUUGGUCGUUGUGAUGAAUGCUUGAAAAUCGAAGGACCAUUGCUAUUCAAACGACGUUGUCAUCCCAAAGGCGGAAACGGUUGCGCAAAUAACGCAUUAUUACCGAACAUUACUGAUUUUGAAGAUGAAGAUGGUCUUUUCAAUGGAUUGGAUGUUUUUCCAUCAGAUAUUUUCAUUGAUUCAUUUCCUGAAAAACUGCAAACUUUUGAUGUGAUCAACAAACUAUCGUCAUCAUCUAAACAUCCUGAUGAAUCAUCUAUACAAACAACAACUACAGCAACAAGUAAUUCUGAUGCACUCACUUUCAUCAGUCUCAAAGAGCUUAAGUCAAAACUUGCUGUCAAAUUAGAAUCAUCUGAAGCAUCAAUCAGUAAGCAAUUUUUUAGCAAAUCAAAUGGUGUAAAAUCUACGUCAGUUUUGACUUCACGUAUAACUCCAAGCAGUGAUGUCAAAAUUGCAACAAUUCAAAAAACUCAAGUGGUGACUUCUGAACCUAAUAAGAAAUUGAUUACCAAUUCAACAGUGUGUAUUCUUGCCAAUGGCGUGAUUUGUGAAUUUGGUUGUUUUGACAAGACAAAAUGCAACUGUUUUCUUCGAAGUAGUCACGUGUUAAUUGAAAAUGGUGCAUGCGUUGAACGUUCUGAUCACGGGUCAAGUCACGUUUGUCUAGCUAAAGCUGACGUUAAAGCUAUUUGGAGUCCGCAAACGCAUACAUUGCAAAUUCGAAGCAAAGAAUUCAAUUUUAAAAAUUUCUGUAAAAAUAAGUCAGUUUAUAUUAAGAUUUAUCGAGAUAUCGAAAUGAAUAGUAAUUAUGAUCGGAUAUUUAUGGAAUUUGGACGUAUAAAACACGUUGUUGAAGGAAAUGUUCCACAUAAUGAAUUUAUUUCUGAUAAAAAUACAGCAAACAACAAUAAAGUUAUUCUACGCAGUGAUAAAAUCAUACGAAAUGGUUUAUUUCUAACCGCUCCUUACUUACUGUAUACAAAUCAGACGAUUGAUCCUACUAGUAAUCAAUACGGUUUACGUAUUUGCGCAUUUAAUAGUUCUAAAGUUAAAAAUCCCUUCAAAGUAGACUGGACUAAACCUUCAGAAUUGAUGCUGGAUAAUAUGGAGAGUAGCAAUAAUUUUAAGUCACAUCACUUAAAUGCGAUUCACUUUGAACUUGAUUACACGCCAAAUGCUGUAUUAUUAGAUGAAAACAAGCAAAUAAAUACGGUGGCAUUUGUGAUCAUACCAAUUUUUUUAAUCAUUUUACUGGUUAUUUUCUUAGCAAUUAUCAUCUACGUGAACUGUACGCGACUUAAACGUUGCUAUGAUAGGCGAAAAACGCAUCAUUUUCGACCAUUUGUAUGGAACAGUAGUAUACCUCCAAUGUGUGCUCAAGGAAACGGAGCAAUGCAUGAAAAGCACUCAUUUAUGAUCACAAAAUCAACGUUUUAA